AUGGAAAUCACUUUCACAGGUAAUACGGGGAAUGAUGUAGGAAUUUCGACGGCUGGGUAUCGUACCAAUAAAUUCAACCAGAAGGAAUGGCGUGAAAAUAAUUAUGCCCUGUAUUUACAAUCUUUUAAAGACAGGGAGAACUCUGAGAAAAGUCGUAAUGAUGCAACAAAUCUAAUCAAUUCAACAGAAGCUAUUCUACGCCGGAUUGAUGAUGUCACCAAAAAGUUGGGUGAAAGAAUCCUGGACAUAAGUUUUUGGAAAUUUGAACUUGAACGAGUCAUUCAAGAUUUGUUGGCAGAAACAGAUUUGUUGGUUGCACUUAAAAAGCAACUGGAGAAUGCAUACAGGGCAACAGAAUUGCCUCUCCAUAUUGUUACAGAUAAUCUUAAUUGUAGACUCAGGCGACAAGGUAUCGAUCUUGUUGAAGACCCAGUUGAAAUGGCUCUCUUGAAAGAAAUGAAGAUUAUAAAUGAUGUGAGAGAUUUACUGAAAAAAACAAUUGCUCGAGCUGAACAGCAAAUUGAAGCUAACCGUGAUGCUAAGCAAAAACUGGAAAUGGAUUGGAGCGACAAGAAAGAAGCUCUUGAAAUUGAUAACCGCUGUGGCAUGUUAAGGGACCAUCACACAGAUAAACAGUUUUAUCCUGGUUCAGCAAAAUUCCAAGAGAAUCAGUCAAGUCCUGAAUCCUGGGCUCAGCACACACAUGACAACAUUAUUAUGGCAGAGAAUGAACGUAUGUCCUCAAUUCAAUUGCAAGGGCUCAUUCAGAAUAUUUUGGAAGACACUUCAAAGGAUAUGGUGGAACAGCACAAUAAUGUUUUGAAAGAGUUCCAGAAACAUCUUCAAGAACUGGAUGAUUCCAAGUUCAAACUGCAAACACAUUUAAAGAAGAUUUGUCGAGAGAUUAGUGAUGCAGAGAAGAGCAUUGAAGAUUUGAAUAAAGCUAUUCGCGACAAAGAAGAUCAACUGAAGAAAGCCCAGACACGACUUGAAGCUCGCUCUCAUCGUCCAGGAGUUGAAUUAUGCAGAGAUAUUCCUCAGUACAAGUUGAUUUCCGAAGUAGAUGAAAUAAACAAUGCCAUCACAGCUUUGACUGAACAUCGUGAUGGAUCUAACCAGUUGAAGAAUUUACAAGACACUCGCAUGUGUCUAGAAAAGGAACUUUCCAACAAAAUCAAUUCAAUCUUCAUCGACCGCCAGAAAUGUCUGACAGUGAGGGAACGCUAUCCAUCUUCUCUGAGACUCAAAGGAUUACAGUAG